AUGAAUCCGCAGAUGCAAAAUUACCGGCAAUUUGCCGCCCAGGCGCAGGGGAGAUCUCCCGCAGCGGCACGUCGCCCAGGCCAAAUCCCGCCAGCCCAGCACGCCGCCCAGCAUGCCGCCCAGCAAGCUCAAGCACAAAUGAUGCAACAGCAAGCCCAGCAGCGCAACGCCGCAAUCGAGCAUCAACUUGCCCAACGACGCACGCGAAAGCCCACCGAUCGAAACCUCCCCGAUGGACUGGAAGAUAUUGUCAUUGGCGACGGCGUGGACCAAUACAAGAAACUCCGCGAAGCAGAGAAACGCCUGGACCAUCUCAUGGCGCGCAAGAGAUUGGAAAUCCACGACAAUUUCAGUAAGAAUGUGAAGAGGCAGAAGACCAUGCGCAUCUGGAUAUCCAACACCGUGUCAGGCCAGCCGUGGCAGACAACCUCCGAUGAAGACGCCUUUACAUUCGAGUCAGGCGGCGAUCCCACCUACCGCGUGAAAAUCCAAGGCCGCCUUCUCGAGUACGACGACGACGACAUCCUGCACAGCGACUCUGAAGACGAAGGGCAAGAGGAUCAAGAAAUGGGCGACAACGAAGACCAACAACCGAACAAACGCCGCAAACUCAAAUCUCCCUCAAAAAAGUUUACCCAUUUCUUCAAAGGCAUGACUGUCGAAUUUGACAACCCAAAGAACACCAGCAAUAUAGCCGGAGAUCCGAACCAGACCGUGACCUGGAAAAAGGGUGCGAGCCCUAACCAAUCCGGCGAUUUUGACAGCAUUGAAUUCGAGCGCAAGGCAGAUGAGAACGUCAACAUUGCAAUCUGUCUGACGAGGGAUGAGCAACCUGAACGGUUCCGCUUGUCAAAAGCAUUAGCCGAGACGUUGGACAUGGAAGAAGCCGACCGCGCAGAGGUCGUCAUGGGCAUCUGGGACUAUGUCCGCGCCAUGGGCCUCCAAGAAGACGAAGAGCGCCGCUCCAUUCAAUGCGACGAUUCCUUGAAACGAAUCUUCGACACUGAAACAUUCUUCUUCCCGCAAGCCGCCGAGCGGCUGAUCCCCCAUUUACACCCUCUUCCGCCUGUUCGUCUUCCAUAUACGAUCCGCGUUGACCAAGCGUUCCACCAGUCUGGCACUCCGGAGCCAACAGUCUACGACGUGCGUGUCACGACCGAAGACCCCUUGCGGCCCCUUUUCUUCCGCAUGACGCAGAACCCCGAACACGCCGCAACGCUGCAACAACUGCGCAAGUUGGACGACGAUCUCGCGGUCCUAAUGCAAAGCCUCAACCACCACAAGGCGCGUCAUCAAUUCUUCACGUCCAUGGCGAAAGAUCCGCAGAAAUUUGUGGAGCGGUGGCUCAGCUCGCAAAAGCGCGAUCUCAGCGUCUUGCUCGGAGAAGUUGAAAAAGGCGAUGUCGCGGGAAUGGAGUUCGCUGGUCAAGAGGUCUGGAGUGGUGAGACUGUCAAGGAAGCAGUGCGGUAUCGGCUUGCCCGGGCAGAGGCUCAGGCGCAUUCACAAUCACAGCCACAGCCACAAGGGGGGCGAUAG